AAAUGCAGCACUUGGAGAAAAGAAAUGCAGACGAAUAUGGUUCUGAUGUGCUGAUGUUUACAUUUCUCGUCAAUUGGAUCAAUGGGACUACAAUUCAUAGUUGUCAUGGACAACACUUUUUCUUUUCCCUGACAAAAAAAGAAUAGAUUGCUAGGAAAGAAGAUUUGGUGGGAGUUGGCAGCCAGCCUUUUCGUUUUCCCAUCAUGUCAACCGAGUCGAAGUGCCUCUUGAUGAAGAAUUCAAUGUGAUGCAGCCGCCGAAGCUGAAAGAACAGUUCUCCAAGUUUCAAGAUUCUGAGUCAUGGGUGUGCAAGUUCUGCCGAUUCUGCUGGUUUUUCUCCUUGCAGAUUCCAUUGGAGAUGCAGCUACAAAUCCCUAUGAUUUCGGCGCUAUUAAGGGGCUUAUGAGUGAUUGGCAAAAUACACCACCUAACUGGGUGGGAACUGAUCCUUGUGGCGGUGAUUGGGAUGGGAUUGUCUGCACCAAUCCUCGCAUUACAUCCAUAACAUUGUCGAGCAUGGGUUUGACAGGUUUGCUUCCAGGAGACAUUGGACAAUUAUCUGAAUUACAGAUUCUGGACCUAUCUUACAACAGGGGUCUGACUGGAUCUCUUCCUACACAAAUUGGAAACUUGAUGAAGCUCACGAACUUAAUCCUGGUGGGUUGUGGAUUUUCUGGUCGAAUACCAGAUUCCAUUGGAUCUCUACAGAACCUUGUGUUUCUAUCUUUAAAUUCAAAUGGAUUCAGUGGGCAGAUACCCCCUACCAUUGGUAACCUUUCUAGGCUCUACUGGUUGGAUCUAGCUGACAAUCAGCUAACUGGAUCUAUUCCAGUAUCAAAGGGAAGCAAGUUUGGCCUUGAUAUGCUACUUCACACGAAGCACUUUCAUUUUGGACAGAACCAACUCUCUGGCACGAUUCCUUCCCAAUUAUUCAGUUCUGGGAUGCAUCUCAUUCAUGUGAUUUUUGAUAACAAUCGGCUCACAGGUAGCAUCCCUCCCACUCUUGGACUAGUGCAAAGUUUGGAAGUUGUACGCUUUGAUAGGAACUCUUUAGACGGUGCAGUGCCUGCAAAUCUCAACAAUCUUACUUCUGUUCAGGAACUUCUUAUUUCCAACAAUAGGCUAACUGGUCCAUUGCCCAACCUUGCUGGCAUGAAUGCUCUCAACUACCUGGACAUGAGCAAUAAUACUUUUGACACGACAGAUUUCCCUACAUGGAUUCCAACAUUACAGUCUUUGACGACAUUAAUAUUGGAACGCACACAAGUUCGAGGAGGGCCACCGGUCAUCCUUUUCAGCAUUUUCAGUUUGCAGAGAGUGGUCUUAAGACACAACCAGCUGAAUGGAACCUUGGAUAUAGGCACCAACCGUGGCAAUCAAUUGCAACUAAUUGAUCUCCAGACCAAUUUUAUUGAUAACUUCAAGCAGAGGGCUGGAGGUUACAGUAUCGAGGUGAUACUUGUCGAUAACCCAAUUUGUCUAGAAACAGGAGCAGCUGGGCAAAGUUACUGUACCAUUCCACAAACCAACACCUCCUCAUACUCGACACCACCUAAUAGUUGCAUCCCACCCGUUUGCAAUUCAAAUCAGACAUCCAGCCCCAACUGUAUAUGCAGCUAUCCUUACACAGGAACUUUAGUCUUCAGAGCUCCUUCUUUCUCAGGUUUAGGAAACUUGACUUAUUUCGACAGCCUCGCAAGCUCUAUGAUGAUCUCUUUUCAGUUCUAUCAACUUCCAGUAGAUUCCAUCUCACUGAGUGAUCCACGCAAGGAUUCAUAUGAUUACCUUCUAUUGAAUCUCGCGGUCUUCCCAUCUGAGGGGGUUAGUUUCAAUCGGAUGAGCAUAUACAGUAUUGGCUUUGUGCUCAGUAAUCAGACUUACAAGCCUCCACAUUUAUUUGGGCCUUUCUAUUUCAUCGCCGAUCAGUACACAAACUUUGCGGAAGUACAAGUACCAACUACAUUAAAAAAAUCAUCAAACAUUGGAGUCAUCGUUGGUGCAGCAGCUGGUGGUUUUGCUCUCCUCUUGCUAUUGGCUCUUGUGGGGGUUUAUGCUUUUCGUCAAAAGAAAAGAGCAGAAAAGGCUGCAGAGCAAAGCAACCCUUUUGUAAACUGGGACCCAAAAAAGAGCACCAGCGAAAUCCUCCAACUCAGAGGAGCUAGAUGGUUCUCUCUAGAAGAGCUUAAGAAACACACCAACAACUUCUCAGAAGCCAAUGAAAUUGGAUCUGGUGGUUAUGGAAAGGUCUACAGGGGUACUCUGCCCACUGGAACUCUCGUUGCCAUAAAACGGGCACAGCAAGGAUCUAUGCAGGGUGGGAUCGAGUUCAAAAAUGAGAUUGAGCUUCUAUUAAGAGUCCAUCAUAAGAAUCUUGUCAGCCUUGUCGGAUUUUGUUUUGAGCAAGGUGAACAAUUGCUGGUGUACGAGUUCCUUCCAAAUGGUACCCUCAAAGAGAGUCUCUCAGGAAAGUCGGGGAUUAGAUUGGACUGGGCAAGAAGACUCAAAGUAGCCAUUGGUGCAGCCCGAGGUCUGGCUUAUCUUCAUGAGCUUGCUAAUCCUCCGAUCAUACAUAGGGACAUAAAAUCAACCAACAUCCUAUUGGAUGAUCAUUUGAAUGCAAGAGUUGCUGAUUUUGGUCUCUCCAAGCUCUUGAGAGAAGGUGAAAGGGGUCAUGUCACCACUCAAGUCAAAGGAACAAUGGGCUACUUGGAUCCUGAAUACUACAUGACACAGCAGCUGACCGAGAAGAGCGAUGUCUAUAGCUUCGGAGUAUUGAUGCUGGAACUCCUUACAGCCCGAACGCCAAUAGAGCAGGGCAGAUAUAUUGUGAGAGAAGUGAGGGUGCUCAUGAAUAAGGACAAAGAUUUGUACAAUCUGCAGGGGAUUCUCGACCCAGCCAUCGGAUUGGGCACGUCUUUGAAGGGUCUUGAGAGGUUUGUGGAGUUAGGAAUGAGAUGUGUGGAAGAAUCAGGAGCAGACAGGCCAACCAUGGGAGAGGUGGUGAAGGAAAUCGAGAACAUCAUGGUUUUCGCGGGUUUGAAUCCAAAGGCCGAAUCGGCGACCACUUCAGCCAGUUAUGAGGAGGCGAGUAAGGGGUAUGCUGCACAUCCCUACGGCAAUGAAGACUUCUCAGAGUAUAGCGGGGGCUUCCCACCUUCAAGGAUCGAACCCCAGUAGGCAAAUUACAGUCAUGAUCAGCUUCAGUGUACAUUAAGAAAAUCAAACUAGCAUAUGUAGUCAUGACCAACUCUUUCCAGAUGUUCAGGUCUUGUGAUGUUUGUAUCAUAUUGAGAAUUUAAUCAUGUAAAAUUGCUGGCCUCUAUGUGUAAGUAGAAUUCUGAAGGAAGUAAUCA